AUGGGUUUGUGCCAGGAGCAGUACAUGUACGCCCGCACACAUGCUGUAGAAUCCCGCAACGCGGAUCCUCCGACCGCCGACAAGGACGUGUACGCUGACAGCGACGACCAGUGUUCUGAAGAUGUUGAGCUUACAUCCCUUGUGAAAGCCAAGCUGAACAAGCAGGACUCACCUUCCACGACCGAGAAUGCAGAUACCACAUACGAGCUAACUCUUGAGAGCCCUCCCGUCUAUGACACUGCUCUCUGCUACAAGUGCGUGAUGCAUGGUGCCGAUCCAAAGAGGUCAAGUGCAGUGUCUAUCAGGGAAGCAGCGGAGGUGAAGGACUGCUUGCUGAAAGUUUACAUGAAAGGGCACAGACUGUCCAGCCUUCGCCGCAUUCUCGGUGGCGGUGGGUUCUUCAUAGUUUGUCGGGAGGGUGCUGGUCGUGUCGCUCUACGCGAGGAUAGAGGCACAAGAUAA